AUGGCGGCGUCCAACGAGAGCAGCCCGGCUUCGCUCCCUCAGCAACGGGAUCCUCCCGGGCGGCCUCCACGGAACGGUUAUGGUGUCUACGUAUACCCAAAUUCUUUCUUUCGAUAUGAAGGAGAAUGGAAAGAGGGGAAGAUACACGGUCAUGGGAAGCUGCUGUUUAAUGAUGGAAGUUACUAUGAGGGCGAGUUUGCGGAUGGCGAGAUCACAGGGCUCGGAUGCCGGUACUGGGCCUGGUCAGGAAACACCUAUUCUGGACACUUUAUUUUGGGAGAGCCUCAAGGACAUGGCGUCAUGAAGUAUAAAGCCGGAGGCCACUAUGAAGGGGAGCUCUCUCAUGGCCUGAGGGCAGGACGGGGGUUUCUGGUGGACGGGGAAGGACAGGAGUACGAGGGGUCGUUCCAUGACAACAGAAGGCAUGGCCGGGGACAGAUGCUCUUUAAGAACGGUGAUAAGUAUGACGGGGACUGGGUCCAGGACCGGCGUCAGGGACACGGGGUGCUGCACUGCGCUGACGGAUCCACCUAUGAGGGACAGUGGCACAGCGAUGCCUUCAGUGGGCUGGGCAGCCUGGCCCACUUCUCGGGAGUCACUUACUGCGGCCUGUGGAUCAACGGCCACCCAGUGGAACAAGCCACGAGGAUCGUCAUUCUGGGUCCAGAGGUGCUGGAAGUGGCCCAAGGAGCCCCCUUCACACUGCGGGUCCAGCUGCAGCAGGCCCACGGGGACCUUGCCAAGAGUGAGAGUGGCCGGGUCCUGAGGAUCUCCGCCGGCAUCAGAUACGUGCAGCUCCCAACCUAUUCCGAGGUCAGCUUUUUCAAAGUGGAUGAAGACCACCAAGAGACGCCCAUGCAGACGCCAUUUGGGUUCCAGUGCAUCUCCUAUCCCUUGUCCACCCCCACCUUGCGGGGCCUGGAGCCCAAGGCUGCCCAGGAAAGUGCCGGAGAUGACUUACCACUCCCGGAGGGAGACCAAGGGGACACCCCCAGUGGCCUGGCUGCCAGGGGAGGCCAGUGCCACUGUCCUGAGGACCUUCGGCAGCGGGUGGAGCAAGGCUGUGCUGAGUUCCCGGACCUGCUCCUUGGGCCUCCUCCUCCUGGACGCCAGCCCUUCCUGUUCCUGCACAGCCCUCAUGAGAAGGCUGGCAGUAAGCCCAGAGGCAGCCUGUGCCCUUUGGAGAUGCCCACCGCCCAGGAGGCUGCAGGAGGCAGCAGGCCUGAUGGGACCACAGCAGAGCUGGUGGCAGACGCAUACCCAGGGGAGUAUGUGAUGAUGAUCGAUGACGUGACCACCCCUCCCUUCCUGGGCCGCACACUGCCCACUGCCUUCAAACACCUGCGGGUCUUGGCCAAGGGGACUGGCCAGAAGCCCCAAGACCCUGAAGAAGGCGUCAGAUCCUGA